GUUUUGUUUGCAAUUUACCUUUCGCAUAGUACAGAUCCUUUGGAUUUUUGAACAAUGAAAUAGAAAUUUUCUUUGAUUCUAUAUGCUCACAUACAAUCUCUCGUUAAUUCGCUCAACCUUGCCUCUUUGUUGCAAACAUUGAAGGGUACAUAUGCUAAAUGACGCUUUUCGAUAUGCAUAUUACUUUACUUUACUAAAUAUCCAUUCAUACACAUAUAACUGAGGAUUGUUUCUCUUGGGUCUUUACUAAUAUGCAUGAAUUUACUUAUCAUUCUAUGGCUUCUUUACUAGUAUGAUAUAUCAAUAGUAGAGGAAUACCGAAACCAACCAAUUCCAAAGUAGUAACUAUAGAAUGGCGGACGAUUUUAUGUUAGAGGAUGAUGAAGAUUAUGAGUUCGAAUUUGAGGAUGACGAUGAUGAGAUGGUCGAACCGGACGUGGAUAUUGAGAACUCUUACUACAAUUCAAAAGCCUUAAAAGAGGAUGAUGCUGGUGCGGCUGUUAGAUCAUUUUUGGAGAUCGUCGACAAAUGCAAAUCCGAAAAGGAUGAAUGGGCGUUUAAGUCUUUAAAGCAGGUUUUAAAGAUUGUGUUUCGUACUGAUCAGCUUGAUGAGAUGCUAAAGCACUAUCAGAAACUGCUUGAGUUUGCAGAAUGGCCGAGUAUUACGAAAAAUUAUGCAGAAAAAUCGAUAUAUAACAUCGUGGAUUAUGCAUCGUCUUCUACAAAUGCUCAAUUCUUGGAAAGGUUUUAUGAAAUUACAACUCACGCUCUUCACAAGUUAAAUAAUGAACGACUAACACUGAAAACGUUAAUGCACGUAGCCCGAUUUUUCCUUUCGCAAAAGAAUUAUGUCAAAUUUAAGUCUCUUUUACGACAAAUGCAUCUCCUUCUUUCGAACGAAAACACCGCCGUUACAGACCAAAAUAGAGAGACACAUUUGUUGGAACUUUAUUCGCUAGAAAUACAAAUGUACUCUAGUCUCGAGGAUAAUAAACGAUUAAAAGAGUUAUACCAAAGCUCUCUUAGAAUUAAAACCGCAAUCCCUCACCCUAAAAUUAUGGGCAUUAUUCGCGAAUGUGGUGGUAAGAUGCACAUGCAGGAAGAACAAUGGUCUGAAGCUCAAACAAAUUUUUUUGAAUCCUUCAAGUGUUACGAUGAAGCUGGCUCUAUGGACCGUAUUCGGGUGCUAAAAUAUCUUGUUUUAUCCAAUAUGCUAUGCGAAUCUGAAAUCAAUCCUUAUGAUUCCCCCGAGACUCAGCCGUACAAAGAAAAUCCGCACGUCUUUGCUAUGACUAAAUUAGUGGAAGCAUACCAAAAACGUGAUAUUAAAGAGGUGGAAAAGGUACUACAUGAGCACCGGCAGGAUAUCAUGGAAGAUGAAUUCAUUCGCCAGUACGUUGAUAAAAUCCUGUAUAGUAUCAGAAGUCAGGUUUUGUUGGAAAUGAUUCAACCGUAUUCGACUGUUCAAUUAAGCUUGCUAGCUGAGAAGCUUGCUGUAACUACGGAAAUUGUUGAACAAUCACUUAUUGGACUUAUUAUGGAUAGAAGAAUUCAAGGAAAACUGGACAUGAUUCAUGAAAUUUAUGUAAAACAAAGCCCGUUAACUAUAUUAAGUGAUGAAUUAACAAAAAAUACUCAAAAACUUUGGUCCGAUAUUGCAAAGAAUUAGUAACUUGAAUACAUCAGGUACCUUUUAUUUCGUUACGUGAUGGGCCUUUCGGCAUUAUAUUAUACCAUUAUCCUCCAAAAAGAUUUUUCUUUUCUGACCAAUUUCAAUUUGGAAACCGGACAUAUGAAGGGAUUAUCUUUUAGCCAGCUCUGAAUGCAUGGAUAGCAAAACACGAAGCCAGUAGAUAAAACUGCUGGAUUUUUAAUACUAUGACCACAGAUUUUACAAAUAUUCUUUGUGGAAGAUGUAUUGUCGGCUGAAAGCUCUGGUGGCUCAAGUUCAGUAAAUGCAACUCUUCCUUUCUUGAUUUGAGUGGCAUAGUCAUUUGUCUGCCACCAGUCUAAGACUUGGACUAGAGAUAAAAAUAUGCUCAUCGAAUUGUCCAGAAAUGAAGGAAGCGUAUAAAAACGAAGUGCUUUCUCGGAAGUUCGAUUGGGAAUCUUAGUAUCGUAAAUAAGACGUUGCUUUAAUAAAUGAUCAACAGGAUUUGAGAAUGGUAUCGUACCCAAAGCAAAUAAAACGUAAUAAGCCCAUCGAAUACUGUUGUAAAACUUUGAUCCAAAU